CACUCUUCUUGGUAUUUUGUCUUUUGGGGAAACUUACCAGGAAAUUUACAAUCAUCUUUUGGAAGUCCCGGUCACACGGGAGCAGUUAAACCACUAUCGGAAUGUGGCUCAAAAUGCUCGAAGUGAACUUGCAGCAACUUUGGUCAAAUUUGAAUGUGCUCAGUCUGAGCUUCAAGACCUUCGAUCCAAGAUGCUUUCUAAAGAAGUCUCCUAUCAAGAGUUGAAAGCUGAGAUAGAGAGCUACAGAGAAAACAAUGCCAGAAAAUCAUCUCUCCUUACUUCUUUGAGAGACAGAGUUCAGGAGCUAGAAGAAGAAUCAGCAGCACUUUCCAGUUCUAAAAUCAGAACUGAAAUCACAGCUCACACUGCAAUCAAGGAGAAUCAGGAAUUAAAGAAGAAAGUUGUGGAGUUAGAUGAAAAAUUACAAAAGUGUUCAAAAGAAAAUGAGGAGAAUAAGAAAGAGGUUUCCAAGAACUGCAGGAAACAUGAGGCAUUUCUGACUCAACUUCGUGACUGCUUGGAUCCAGAUGAGAGGACUGAUCAGGCAUCAGAUGAAGAUUUAAUGUUAAAGCUUAGAGAGCUGUGCAAGGAAAAUGAAUUCAUGAAAGGACAAAUUGUGAUUCUUGAAGAGACUAUAAAUGUCCAUGAGAUGGAGGCAAAAGCUAGCAGAGAAACGAUCAUGAGGCUAGCUUCAGAAGUCGACAGAGAGCAGAAAAAAGCUGCCUCCUGUAUUGAAGAGAAAGACAAGCUGAAUCAGGACCUGGUCAGUGCUGUAGAAGCAAAAGAAGCCCUUGAGAGGGAAGUUAAGCUCUUCCAAGAAAGGCUACUUGCUGGCCAGCGGGUCUGGGAUGCCUCAAAGGAGGAGCUGAGCCUCCUGAAGAAAAGCUCUUCUGAGUUGGAGAAGAAUUUGAAGGCCAGUCUGGAUGCGGUCACAGCCUCACAAAGCCAGAACUCCUCAUUUAGGGAGAGAAUCGCAGCCCUCCUUAGGGGCAGAUUGAGCACAACUGGGUCCACGGAGGAUACCAUUUUGGAGAAGAUUCGAGAAAUGGGCAGCCAGGAAGAAAGCAGGGACAGGAUGGUCUCCCAGCUUGAAGCCCAAAUAUCUGAGCUCGUUGAACAGUUGGGAAAGGAGUCUGGGUUUCACCAGAAAGCUCUCCAGAGGGCUCAGAAAGCAGAGACCAAGUUGGAGACUCUUCAGGGUCAGCUGACACACCUGGAGGCAGAGCUCCUUUCCGGAGAUGUUUUGCGAGACAACUUGAAUUUUGAGAAACAAAAAUAUCUUAAAUUUCUGGAUCAGCUUUUGGAGAAAAUGAAGUUGGACCAGAUGGCUGCUGAACUUGGCUUUGACAUGCGGCUGGAUGUGGUUUUAGCUCGAACAGAGCAGCUGAUUCGUCUUGAGAGCAAUGCAGUCAUUGAGAACAAGACCAUUGCCCAAAAUUUACAGAGAAAGCUAAAGACACAGAAAGAAAGACUGGAGAGCAAAGAACUACACAUGAGCCUCCUCCGGCAGAAAAUCGCCCAGCUGGAGGAGGAGCGGCAGGCACGCACGGCCUUGGUGGUUGAGAGAGACAGCGCUCAUGUCACCAUCAGGAACUUGCAGAAGAAGGUGGAGAGGAUGCAGAAGGAGCUGAGCAUGUGUCGAGACUUGAACACCGAACUCAAAGCCAAACUGGCUGACACCAAUGAACUGAAGAUUAAAACUUUGGAACAGACUAAAGCCAUUGAAGAUCUAAACAAAUCCAGAGAACAGCUGGAGAAGAUGAAGGAGAAAGCUGAGAAAAAGCUCAUGUCUGUCAAGUCAGAACUGGAUACCACAGAACAUGAGGCGAAGGAGAACAAAGAAAGGGCCAGAAACAUGAUAGAAGCAGUAACCAGUGAAAUGAAGACACUAAAAAAAUCUCUGGAAGACACAGAAAAGAGAGAAAAGCAGCUGGCAGACUUCAGGGAGGUGGUGUCACAGAUGCUAGGCUUGAACAUGACCAGCCUUGCUCUUCCUGACUAUGAAAUCAUCAAGUGUCUUGAAAGACUGAUUCAUUCACAUCGGCAUCGGUUUGUUACCUGUGCCUGCCUCAAAGAUGUGACUACCAGGGAAGACAAGCACCCACAAGGCCAUUUACAGCUUCUUCAUUGAACACUGUAUCUCUUGAGAGAAGUAGCCAAAAGACAUGGGACACAAUUCCCAAUUUCACAAAUUCAUCAUGUCUCUGAGAUUUGAUUAGUUUGUGAAUAUUGUAUGCGUUGAUGAUACAGUGAUAAUUCAUCACUCACAAAAAGGAUCUCAAAGGUUUUAGCCUUAGAUAAAUGUUCUGCAUUAAAAACAUCUAUUAUUUCAUUUACCAGCAUUUUAGGACCCAGAAGAAUUCCACCAGAUUACAUGAGUUAGAUUGGGAAAUGAGAGCAGGGAAUUAACAUUGUCGGGUAUCUAUUUUAAGUCAGGGGUUUUACUAGCCAAUUUUGUUCUCAUAAAAACCAUGUAGAAAAGCUGUGACAAGUAUUUUAUUUUACAACCUUUCUGGGGCUCAGACAUGGAGUUACCUAUCCAAGGAUAUAGUUGGGUACCAGUGAAACCAGAAUGGACAACCCAUUGGUCCUGCCUCAAAGGCCAUUCCUUUUCUGCUACACAGACUCGGUUUCUCCUGAAUCUCUAGGAUGCUGGUGGGAAUUGUUUGCAUAUUGAAAGGAAAAUAUCCCUGUCAUCAAGAGUUAAUGUCCGGUCCGGGCUGGGCAUGUUGGGUUAUGCCUGCAAUCCCAGCAGUUUGGGAGGCUGAGAUGGGCAUAUCAUUUGAGGUCAGGAGUUUGAGACGAGCCUGGCCAACAUGGUGAGACCCCAUCUCUACUAAAAGUACAAUAAUUAGCUGGGCAUGGUGGCAUGCACCUCUAAUCCCAGCUACUCAGGAGGCUGAGGCAGGAGAAUUACUUGAACCUGGGAGGUGGAGGUUGCAGUGAGCCAAGAUUGUGCCAUUGCAUUCCAGCCUGGGUGACAGAUUAUGACUACAUCUCA